UCUUUUUGAAGUGGGGUGGGGUGGGUGUUGGCGGUGGUUUAUUUAAGGGGCCGCUGUUUGUAAGCAGCUCAACGCCAGGAUCCUUCAUCCUCUCCAUGUGACGGCGCCAUUUUAGAGACGGGGGGCCGAGGGCGCGAGGCGGCUCCACAAUCCUCCGGGGCAGCGGGUGGCCGCCAUCUUAGUGCAGGGCAGGAACCUCCCCGUCCCCAUAGCCCCUUAGUUUGCAUUCCUCCCCCCGCCAAACCCCACCCCUUAAUAAUUCACUCCCAUAUUAUCCGUCAUUAUUGCUACGAUCGAAGUGACACCCUAAAGAGGUUUUGAAGUUUUACUUCCUACCCCCCCACCCCACCCCCUGCCUCUCAGCUGUGUGUUUGUGGCAGUGGGGGAAGGCCGCCCCGCUGUAUCCCACAACCCUCCGGGCCGGUGCCCGGAUGUGGACGGUGGACGAUGGCGGCGCCCAGCGCAGCGGACUCCCCGAGCCGGAGCUGGACGAGCGCGGCGGCCGAGACCCCGCUGGACAUCGCGGCUCCCGCUUGGGCCGAGGUGGCGGGAGACCCCUCCGCCGAGCCGCCUACCCCCAGCUGGACGGGCGGGGCAGCCGACAACCCGGCGCCCAGCCCCAGCCGGCCUGCUGCCUGCCGCGGGAUCUCCUGGACCCCGGCCGAGACCAACGCGCUGAUCGCCGUGUGGGGGGACGAGAGGCUGCAGGACGUGCUGGAGGGCAACCUGCGCAAUUCGCAUAUAUUCGACCGCAUCUCUCAGGCCCUGCGGGAAAUGGGCUAUGAGAGAAGCGCCAACCAGUGCAAGGAGAGAAUCAAGACUCUAAAGAGGUGCUAUAGUCGGGUAAAGGAACGUGGUCGGGGUAAGAGAACCUGUAACUACACGUUUCAGCAGCUGGAGCAGGUCUUCGGGCGGGUGCCAGUUGUGUGGGAACCGAACACCUAUCAGCCGGUUCUUAUUGAUAGCAGCGGACUGUACCAGGACGCAAAAUCAGACACUAUUAACCUGGAUGACAGCCGGGAGGUGCAGCCAACUCAGUUGGAAGAUUGGGGAAACCAGAAGCCAGAUUUGCUCAUUAAACAAGAGCUGCUUAUGAACCAGAAGCAAGAGUUGCAGGCCUACCAGAAACAGGAUCUCUCAGUCUACCAGGAUGCAGACGAGGACAUAGAAGAAAUGAAUUUUGUGAAGAAGAAGCCACCAACAAGGCACAAUUCUACAGACAACAUGCAGAAGCCGGAGAUUCUGCAGGCCCUCACAGCACUGCUAGACGCUGUCCAGCCCAGAUGGCAGGAAUUCCAAAGUUAUGAUGAACUCAGCAGUAUGCAAUUCACAAAUAAACUCGGAAUUUUUGCCAUUGGGUAUAAUACACGGUGGGUCGAGGACAUUCGGUACCAUUAUGCAGAAAUCAGUUCCCAGGUGUUGGUUGGAAAAAGACUGAAGGAAUACUUAAACCCAGAUAAACCAGAGGGCAAAGUGAUUGCGAUCAAGCGUCAAAAAAUGAACUGGAAGAAAGUCUAUUACAAGCUUUUUGAGAUCACUAAAAGUGAAGCGCGCUGUCUUGAGCUGCACUUCGCUUUCGAAUGGAUACCCAUCGCACUUUCCCGAGCGGCUGGUGACAACACUAUACAGUAUUUGCUUCCGGGCGGGAUCCCGGACACCAAUGGCCUCUACGUGAUUGGCUGUGAGGAGGCUGAAGGCGAGGUUUUUUCCCCGCGGCGAGAUUACGGGAUACGGGUGCUGCCCAGAGUCACCCUGCGGCGGGAUUCCGGCAGCAACACUGCUGGGCCCUCUCUCUUGGAGAGCGAACUCGUCGACAGCAGUGAGGUGAAGUCAAAAAUCCGCUAUUGUUACUUGGGCUUAGCGGAGGAGGCGACCAUUCGCCAUUGCAUACUGCAACACUUUCAACCGCCUGUCAAGAUGCUGGGCCUAGAGACCUGUACAAUCAACAGCUUCCUCGCUGAAAACUGUCGGGCAGGAGCCAUCUCCAGAUCUAUUUACAUCAAAUUUAUAGAAGUAGAAAAAGAGUAUCUGUCUGCUGGCUGCGUAAUUGAGUGUUUGGAAAAAGCCAUGGGGUAUUCUUUACGAUUCACAAAGUAAAUCCCGACAGUAACGCACGUAUUCAGUUGUGAUGUGCAGAAGAGUCCUGCCUGGUGACAUUUAGAGCUGUAAUAAUGUCAGGGUUUUGAUUUUGAAGCUUCCCACACUCACUGUCCUAAGGAUUUCGAUGCCAUCGUGGCUGAGGAAAGGGAUUGGGUAGAACAAAAUUGAAUGUUCAAGACUAUGGGUGGAAUGAUUGGGAGCACAAGGCAGGAGCUGAAAUCAUGGAGAGAAGGAGUUUGCAGUUACUCUGUUCCAUAGAAAGAAGGUUUCGACCUGAGAGAGAAUGUUGGAGCCUUUGUGUCCAUUAAAGGCUUUAAUGGUCUAAUGUCUUGGUUAUGGUCCUAUUAAUGUACAGUAGACUGUACAGUCCAACCAGUUUGCCUAGGACAUGAAUACAAGUUGAGAGCACCUACCUUUCUUAAUGGUCUGGUAGCAUAUUGGGAUGCAUGCUACACUUGUAUUCUCUGGUCUUAGCAUUGUCUAGCACUCAAAUCGACUAGCCACUCUUGUGAUUUCAUUGGGUUAGGAACUAAGUUUCUCAGUGAUAAACUGAGUAACAAAUGUGUAUUUUAAUUGGGGGUAGAGAAAGCAAAGAUGAAGGUGAAAUGGAAAUUGAGAUUGGGUCUCGGUCUGCUGCAAGCAUGCCUGUUCUACUGAAGUUAGCAUUGAACCAGGGUGGGAGCGGGGGCAAAGUUAUGCGGUUAUAUUUGUGUUGUUCAGAAGGCUGCUAGAAUGUAGCCCUGGGAGGCCAAAAUGUCAAUAAAGCCUCCUUUUCUCUGUCAAGUUAUUAUAACUUCCCCGUUGUCAGAAACCCAGUUCUUUGAGCCUCAUUUUAUAUAGGAUCUUGACCCAGCUCCAAAUUUGCACAGCUGCAAUUGUUCUGGCAAUUACUGAUGUGCGCAGUGCCUUGAAAGUAUCCCAGGGUUGGUUUCAGCACAUGCCGAACAAUUUUGUGAGGUAGAUGGCUGGAAUGAAGAUGAAGUUGAAGAGCCAAGAAGGCAAUAGAACUCUUGAUGAGGAAAGCCCUGGUGCAAAUUAUUCUGUUGGGCUUCCAGAGUAUAAUGCCGACAGUGAUUUUAAAGUAACUAGAUGCCCUUGAUUGGUCACUACCGCCUGGGCAUUUCAAAAUCAGUAGUGCACUUCUACCUAGACAGAUAUCUGAUACAAUUGAGAAAGUGUAUAAACAUCCUGGAUUGAGAUUCCAAACAGAGCUUCCCAGACUGUUUUGUAUCUAAGUGAUUUUCCUCUCUUUUCAGACCCAGUUGAUCUCCUCUUUUUAGUUCCUUUUCUAGUCAGCUAAUGGUUAUUCAUUGCAAAGCGAGAGCUACCACCAGACAAUCUGAAGUAAAAUAUUGUUUUAAGACCAAAACAAUUUGUUUGCAUGGUGGUGUAACCCACUGGUGUUCUCAGUACCAUGAGGGAACAUUAGAGCUACAGUGUGGUGCACCUAUGAUUGGAGAUAUUGGGAAUGAGGCUUGGGCCUUUGUUGUGCAGUAUGGGUUAAGGUAAAGUUACUAACUCCAGAGGAUGGUAGGCCUCCUCUCUCAUUAGAGAGGGACAAAGCUCACUUGGUUGGAUGGCAGGUUUGUGAUGAAAUGAUGCCAAAAGCACAGAUUUCAGUUCCCACACCAGUUGUUCUGCCUUCUGUACCUUACCCCUUGCCUGAGACAUGGAGAACUUUAGGUUUAGCAUGCCACCAGGUGUCUCUCUAUAAUGAUAGAAUAGCCUACUGGUCCUCUGGGAUUGUGGUGACCUUAUCUUAUUGUGCAUUAAACCUCCCUCACCUGAGUGUCAAAUUAGCUCAAAAGCUGUCAACAGAUUUCAAUACAAGCUAACUGCCAGGGCUUAGUGGAUCUAUUGGAAUUUUUGUUUUCUAAUCGUUUAAGUUGUUCUUUCUUUUAAAGUAUUGUGCACACAUCAGUUUUUAAUCACUGUUUUCCUUUAACUGAAUUUCAAAAGAUGUCUCUGCUUUGAAGUUUGAGAUUGAGGACUGAGUAAGAAAGUCCUCUGCUAUCACACUCUGUCAGACCAAUGCCCUUUAUUAGAGAGCACAGGUCCCAAAAGUGUCUCAGCCUAACUUGAGCUUGUCACAUACGUUGUCCUCAACAUUAGAAAUUUAAACUCUUUAUUGUAAAAUCCCUCGGGAAAUUUCAAAUGGGUCAUUUAAUCGAUAGCACUAUAUCUUAAUUCUGAGUCUUCUGUUUUUUGGCAAUGGACCACAGCAAAGAUAAACCUAAAAUAUUAACAUUUUAAAGCAACUCCAGUAAAAGAGGUAUCCUCUCCAACAGUAUUUGCCUCACAGUUCCCUUACAGGCAAUAGCUGUAACCUUGUUUCCCAAGGUUUAAAAAUAUCGAGCUUUCACCUUUUAAUAUUAAAACACUUUAAAGUGAAUUCCAGAGUAUGAGCUUCAGUAGCAGCUCUAGGUUGGUUACGCUUCUGCAAAUUAAAACAGGACCAAGUAGAUGAGGACAGUAUCAGGUUUGGUCCCUAACCUGCUCUUGAUUGUAUUGACAGGGAAGUUAUUGAUACCAAGUAGAGGAAAAAAAAAUUGAUUUCCUGAUCCUGUUUGCUUUUGGAAAGAAUGUUGCUUUGUCUUCACUGAUAGUGUGUCCCAUUGUGUGUAUUGCGAUAACCGAAUUAAGCUAGGCUGUGGGACUUCACCUUUAAUCUAUGCUCUCGUAUCCAUCGUGAGUUCAAAUAAUUUGCUGUCUAACCUGAGACAAAGUCUUGGACGAGAUUGGUAGGAUUAUCAACAAUAACGAGCCAUACUUUGAACUGAUGCCUUCAUAAGAGGAAAGGAAGUGGAGGCAAAACACAGCUAAGCAAGAAAACUGAUUUGUUUCUUGUACUUGCCUCCACACUGAAGUUUCUGUAAGUUCUGAAGUUUAUUUUUCAUUCCCUUUAGUAUUCGUUUGUCCAUUCCUUUUUAAUUCUCACGUGUCUCAUAACUUUCCUUGGUGUGGUACUUUUCAGAAGAGUCACAGGCAAAAUUUUAUCAUUUUAAUUUACACUGUUCUUUGUGAAGGGUCAUGCAAUUAUACAGAAGGCAGGAACAUUAAAGUUACACGAAGAGCAUCAAAGCUACCUGCAUCUCUGACACAUUUAGUUAUUCAGAGUAAAUUAACUCUUAAUCACCUGAGCCCAAAAAAGUCAAAAGAUCAAAAUCUCAAUCAACACAAGUGUCUUCAGGGUGUCAGUAAAGCUAUCAACUCCAUUGAAGACAGGCAGAGCAGUUGAUGGGAUGGAAACAGUGUUUGGGAUUAUGUUUUGCAUUACAUGCCAUUCUUCCUCAAACUUGGAAAAAGAUUUGAUGCAGUGGUACUUACAGUUGUAUCACAGAUCUGUUGCUCAGGAUUGUGUUUUAAGAUUUAUACGGCACUAAAUCAACAUGUCUUGAAGCCAUAGAGAUAAAUAUUGAAGUAAAGCCACUUUGCAGCUUUUAAUGUAGAUUCUCUGCUAAUGGAACAAGGCGCAAUAUAUAAGGUACACUUAUAGUGCACUUCAAGUUUCAUAAAAGACCACUUUUGAUAGUUAACUUUUCAUUUGACCCAGAAAUGGAGUACAUGUGGCAACAGUACAGCCAGGUAUUCUGGAAGCUUUCCCAGGAUCAUGACCAAUUUGAGCAAGAUCAUGCAGUGUUGGCUAGAAACAUGGAACAGCCAUAACCCAAAUGUAUUCUGUGGAGUCUCAACUACACUGGAACCAAAAGGCAUGGCACUUAAAAUUGGAAACAUAAUUUCUAGGAACACCAAAAUGUAAUGAUGUAGGGCUGAUUUUUAGUAUUAUCUUACACUGAAGAUCUUUUCAUUGAUAAGUGUAGAACACUUCCACGUUUUUGAAGAUGCUGCACUAGUGCCAUUUAGGUUCAUCACGUCUAUUGAGUGAAAUGUGACUGGUAUCUAUCCUCAAUGUUCAGUAACUUUCUUGAGAUACCCGUGUUACCGAGAUUAAUGAUAUUCAAUAUUAAUCGUGAUUCCAAACUGCUUCAUUGACGUUGUUCUCCUCCCCCCCCCACCCACAGUAACUUCCUAUUCAGCGGUAAAAACGAGGGACAAUAACUAAUUUUUCCUCCUUUCUCAAUUUGAGAAACAGGAGUAAACCAUAUGACUGCUCCAGCCAGCUCCAUUUUUUCAAUAAUCAUGGCUGAUCAUCUGCUUCAACUUCUCUCCUGCUCCCCAUAUCCUGUGAUUUCCUGAAACCAAAAAUCGGUCUGUCUCAGCCUUAAUCCUGUGGGAUAGAACAUUCCAAAGAUUCACCACCUUUUGAGUGGGGGAGAAAAUAUUUCUCCAUCUCAGCCCUAAAAAUUAUUGGGCCUGUUAUCCUGAGACUAUUCCCCUGGGUUCUAGCAACCUUUCACGACCUACUCUGUCAGGUUCCUUUUAUAGCCUUCUUAGUUUCCAUUAAGUUAUCUCUGAAAACAACUGAACUAAUAGAACAUUCUUGAGUUCCUGUUGCCAUCUUGCAGCAGUGUGUCUCAAAUUGUGUAACUGAAGUAAUUGUCUUUCAGUUUUUAAAAACUGAGUUCAGGAAAUUAAGAGGCAGCAUUUCUGCUUCAGGUUAAUGUGCAUCAUUACACUGUUAACCUUCAAGUGAAGCCUGCACAUUGCUGUCUUAAAUGUUAUACUUUGGCAAAAUUGCAGCCUGUUUUAAUAUGAAGGCAAGAAAUUGAAAAAUGUUAAGGUGCGCUUCUGAAACUCUUCCUGUCCCGUUUCGGAACUGAGACCGUUCUGGAUAUGACUACUUCAGUGAUAAGUGGUGGACCUUGGGUGUUAUUUCAAUGUCCAUUGCUGAGUAACUGUAUAGGUCACCUGGAGCACUGUUGAUUUUUCUUUUUUGUUUAAAUUUUUAUUUUGCAGUAUUAGCUUUGAAAUUAUUUAUGCCACUUUGCUCUUAAGUAGCAAGAGUUGAAUGAUUUGUCAUGAGAAUCUAAAGAAAAUAAGUGUCUAAUUGAGGCCAGCCCUAAAAGAACAGCUUCUAUAGCUACAAGCUGGUCAGCUGAGAAAUGAGUUAACUUGGAUAGUGUAUGAACCCAGUUCCAGAAAGCUAUGCAAAAAGCCUUGCUGAAAUUAAGUAGGGCAUUCAUAUCCUUCCUUUAGUUCAAAUUUAAACCCUAUUUUGAGGCUGAUUCCAAAAAGAACCAUUGCUUAUGAAUAAGUGUAUUCUCGAAAAAAAAAAAGGGUGCUAUCAAAGCUUUUUGAUUUGCGCUCAGCAAGUCAGUUGCAACAAUGCCAAGUUUCAAAAGGAACACCAAUUUAUGUUGCAUGAGAAACAGGUAACUUAUUUGCUGGCAAAUUAACUGUGGCCAAGAUGUUGCUAUGGAAAAUGCACAAGGAAACAGUCAGUGUAUCCAAAAUAAUUUCUCUCUAUUCCUUUUAGUAGUUUUAUACAUCGAUUUGAUGCCAUCUAGCUGGAAAUAGUGUUAGUUCCCGUUUCAAGAUUCUCUCCUGGUGACCUGUAGAUAUACUCUGGAGUGUACCACUUUGUUUGGCAGUAGCCCUUUAGUGUCUCAUCAGUUCUUGGUUUGUGAAGCUAACAAGUGAAUGUUGACAGCUUCUAACUGAAGGGAAUGACAUUUGAAUCCAAGUUGAACUUCCAUCGGUGUGGUUGUUUUUUUUUUUCAAGCAGUAUCACUGGAUGUUAAUCAAGAACAUUUGCUGAUUUGUUUCCUCCCCCCUAACCCCUGAUCACGUUAAACGCACUGGAAGUAAUUACAGAUUCUGCUAUUACCCAGGGUAUUAGCUAAUAAAAUACAGCUCAGGAAUCAGAUCUCCAACCUUGUGUGUAUAGUUUAAGUUAUGUACCUAAUGGUGCCCUUAUCCACAAGACCAUUGUGGAGGAGCUUCCAACUUUAUAUUUAGCACAGCUCUAGGAGACAUCUCCCUCUCAUUCCUUUGGAAAAUAUUAAUUCUGCUGAUUUCAGCAGCAAUCCAAUUAGCUUUAUUAAUUGGGUCUGUGAUCCCUCUGUUUAGAAAUACAGUUCAGUAAGUGUGUGCACACAACCUAAUCACAAACUGCUGAUGAAAAUUUUCACUAAUCUACAAUUUGGACAGUGUGGAAACAUUCCAAUCCCACCGUAAAAAGCACAGGACUGCUCUGUACAUAGUAUAUCGGCUAAUAAAGGCACUAACGCUUAGGACCCUGCACCUACAAUAAUGGCUUACAGCUCCCUUUGCUUUCAUGAAUUGCCAGAGUGCACACUAUGUUGACACCUGCCUAGGUUCAAUGUUACGUUCUUACAUAGUGCAAGCAUUCAAGAGUGGGCAUUUUAAGUACUCUUAAGUAACGUAAGACUACUGGAGAUCCCAUUAUAAAUGAAGACCAAAUGAAAGUCAGAAAAACAAAAACCAAAUCACUGGAGAAAAUCCCCAGAACAAGCCACUGUUCUGAACGAUGACCAACCAGGCAGGCUGAACUGUAUUGUUCUUAGUUUAGACACUGUUGAUCAUAUAAAGAUGAAGAUUAUAGUUAGAGGUAACUUUAAACAAAUAAAAUUGUAUUUUUUACAUUUUUGUGCUUUGAUUUUUCCAAAAAGUUUUAUUUUGGAUGUUUCUUUGCCCUCUGGUAAUUAAGCUGUCUAAAGCUUUGAUUUUAAACAGGGCAGCCAUUCCUCAGUAUGUAGCUGACCAAUGAUGCACAUGCUCCAUAUAAUACAGACGUAUGACAGCCAGGACAAGGUGUGAAGUUGUUUCAUCAGCAAGUGGCUGAUUGUUGCACUGAUGUCCAAAUGUCCACAUUUAGUGGUAGAAUUAAAAUCUAACUGAGUUUGCAGCAACAAAAAAUCACAGAAUAGCAAAGAAAAACAUGAACAUGUUCUUUUUCCAUUUUUCUUAACUGAAAUAUUAUGUGGUAUUUAUCCCUGCUGUUUUUGAUUAUAUUGUAAUACUUUAUGAAAUGAUUUAUCCUUGUAAGAAGGAAAAGAAUAAGCAUCUAUGCUGACCAGCAAGUGCUUGAGACUCGAAUAUGGAUUAGAAUGUUGGCUCCAAGUGAGAAAGACAUAAGAUCAUCUUUUGAUUUGUAAAAUUGGGGGAAUAUAAUCCUCACUCACUGCCCCACAUAAGAAUGUUAGGGACUUCCCAUUAUUUUCAAUGGGGACUCUCAGCGGCUUUGGGAUGUUUUGGUGAGAUAUGUCUUGUAUUCUUCUCUUGAUGCAGCAUUAAGCUAUAAAUUAUUAGAUAUUAAAGACCAUUAUGACUUUA